AUGAUAGUUACUGGUUCUGAGACGCAGUAUGGGAUUGUGAUUGAUGCAGGAUCAUCUGGAUCACGAUUGCACAUUUAUCAAUGGGAUUCGCCUCAAUACACGUUGCACACAGAAGAAAAGAAUCAGGACCAUGAGGAUACCAAUGGCGUAAUGCUUCUCAAGUCUGUGCCUCAGAUUCACCAGCAAAAGAAUUGGACCCAUAAGAUAUCCCCUGGUCUUUCUAGUUUCAAAGAUAAACCUUCACAAGCAUAUUCGAAACAUAUCAAAGAGCUAUUGGAUUUUGCCAAAGAUAUCAUCCCAGCAGACAAGAUCUCUGAGACACCCAUUUUCAUCCAGGCGACUGCUGGUAUGAGGUUAUUAUCCAAAAGGAAACAGGAAUUGAUUUUGGAUGGACUUUGUAAAUCGAUUAGAAGCGAAACAAAGUUUCUAUUAGAAGACUGCCAUUCUCAAAUCCAGAUCAUCGAUGGAGAAACAGAAGGAUUGUAUGGUUGGUUAAGUCUUAACUACCUGCUGGGAAACUUCAAUAAUUAUGUUCCGGAGAAUCAGCUUCAACAUUCAUCUUCUGGGUUCAUGGAUAUGGGUGGUGCUUCCACGCAGUUGGCGUUUAUGCCGAGUGAUCCGGAGGAGAUUUCAAAACACAAAGAGGAUAUACAUACGAUCUAUUUGAAAAAUAUCAACGGUGAUAUACAGGAAUGGGACGUUUUUGUGAGCACUUGGCUUGGGUUUGGUGCCAAUCGUGCUAGAUCAAGAUAUUUGGCUCAGUUAAUUAACUCCUUACCCGAAAAUGCAAACGAAGAAGACGAUGACGAUUAUGAAACAAGACAAAUCAAUGACCCUUGCUUACCUAGGGGAGCCAAGACCAAAUUUGAAUUUAAGGAUAAGGAUUUCGAAAUCAAUGGUGUUGGAGAUUUUUCCCACUGCUUGAAAUCUAUGUAUCCGUUGCUAUUAAAUAAUUUACCUUGUGCGGAAGAGCCAUGCCUUUUCAACGGUGUCCACGCACCGAACAUUAACUUCGAGAAGGACAAGUUUGUUGGAAUAUCGGAAUAUUGGUAUACGGCGAAUGACAUUUUCAAGAUGAAUGGGGAAUACAACUUCCAUGAAUUUUCGUCUAAAGUCAAAGAAUUUUGUGAAUCCGAUUGGGACACACUCAAAAAGAAUAAUGACGAUGGUUUAUACAAUAAUAUACCUGAUUCAUUUUUAAUGGAUAGUUGUUUCAAGGCAAACUGGAUUUUAAAUGUAUUGCAUGAAGGAUUUGAUCUUCCACGUAUGGACGUUGAUAUCAAAGAUACAGACAGCGCAGAUGAUAGACAUGUACCGUUUAAAAGUGCGGACAAAAUAAAUGGUAAAGAUUUAUCGUGGACGUUGGGAAGAAUUCUGAUGUACGCAUCUGGUCUUGUAACAGUUGGUGAUAAAGGGACAACAGUUGGUAUAAUGCCAAGUCCCAUGGAAGUCAAAAAACUAGGGAAGAAGUUCAUUCCUGGGGCCAUUGAGAAACUCCAAAACAAUGUUACUGGUACUGGCUCGCCUUCAAUUUGGUUUUCACUCAAAACUUGGAUGUUUAAUAUAAUGCUUGUCCUUUUCAUUUUUGUUCCAAUCUAUAUUUGUAUCAACAAGUUCCGUUUAAUGAAACAUGUUCCAUUACACAGAAUACGGGAGGGCUUCAAUGUAUUACAUUCGCAUCUAUACAAGUUCAAGAAUUACAGCAAACUUUCCCGAGAUGAGGAGACAUUAUCAAAAUUAGAAGAAGGAACCAUGGAACGAGGAAGAUUUGGACGUCAGGAAAUGGAGAACACAUCAAAUUUUCGUAGCAGGAGUAUGAUGAAUCUGGGAGGAUCAAUGGGUGAAAGAGAAGCAUACCCUUUAUCAGACAGAAAAUCCUCACAUUUCCAAAAUUCUAAUCCUGAUUUGGUAUCAGGUGUGAGACCAGUAUUUUCUAUGACGGAUUUCUCAUCCUACAAGAAUCCAAAUAGAAGCUGA